GCGUGGCUAGAGAGGCAUAGCCAGCGACAGCGUCUCGCAGGACAAGUGCUCUAGGUCCCACGUGUGUUGAUUGAGCUUUAAUUUGCAGAAACGCUGCUGCGGGCGCGACCGGAAGUGGCAGCAUGCUAAUUCCAUUUUCAAUGAAGAAUUGCUUCCGACUACUUUGUCAGCACAAGGUCCCAACAGCUGGCUUUAAAAGCCCACCCACACAUGGGCUCAUUUUACAGUCGAUCUCCAAUGAUGUGUAUGAAAAUCUGGCUGUAGAAGACUGGAUCCACGACCACAUACAUCUAGAAGGCAAGCCGAUUCUUUUCCUUUGGAGAAAUUCUCCUUCUGUCGUCAUCGGUAGGCAUCAGAAUCCAUGGCAGGAAUGUAACCUCCAUCUGAUGAGACAGGAAGGAAUAAAACUGGCCCGGAGGAAGAGUGGAGGAGGAACAGUAUACCACGACAUGGGUAACAUCAAUCUCACCUUCUUUACCACCAAAACCAAGUAUGACAGAAUGGAAAAUCUGAAACUAAUCGUGAGAGCUCUGAAUGCUGUCCAACCCCAGCUGGAUGUGCAGCCUACCAAAAAAUUUGACCUGUUACUUGACGGGCAGUUUAAAAUCUCAGGAACCGCAUCAAAGAUCGGCCGGACAGCGGCGUACCACCACUGCACCUUGUUAUGCAGCACCGACAGGACAGCUCUGUCUUCCUCGCUGAAGAGUCCCUACCACGGGAUAAAGAGCAACGCCACCCCCAGCAUCCCUUCCACUGUGAAAAACCUUCUGGAAAGAGAUUCCACGCUGACCUGUGACGUUCUGAUGAGUGCUGUGGCAGCAGAAUACGCGGCAUAUCAUCAAAUUGAUGACCACGUUAACCUUAUAAACCCCGCAGAUGAGACGAUGUUUCCUGGAAUAAACAGCAAAAUCAAGGAACUGCAAAGCUGGGAGUGGGUUUACGGCAGGACACCCAGGUUUACCGUGGACACCAUGUUUCAUGUGCCGCAUGGGCAGGCAUGUUUGGAAAUCCAAGUGUUCAUGGACAUAAAGAACGGACGAAUCGAAACCUGCGAUAUUAAGGCACCCGAUCACUGGCUGCCACUGGAAAUAGGUGACAAAUUAAACUCAAGUUUUAUUGGCAGCAAAUUCUGCCCCAUUGAAACCACACUGCUAACAAAUAUAUUACUGAGGACAUGUCCAGACGACCAUCACUUACAGAGUAAAUGGAACAUUCUGUGUGAAAAAAUCAGGGGAAUAAUGUGACCCCGAUAACUUUCUUUACACUGGCAGUUUCAGUGAGAAAGAAUUUUAAAUUACAAUUGAUUUUAUGUCUCUUUAAAAAAGAAAUAGGGGUGUCAGGUUCAACCUGCUUCAGUCUUGAGGUGGCCUGUUCCUAGUUUCCACUCACAAACUUUGAUUGAUAAUCUGUUAGGAGUUUUGGCCCUCGGAAAUGAGCCCUUAGGGCCCCAUCCUCUGUCAUUUCUCCUCUCAUUAAACUUCAGACAAGAAACCAUGUCCUUUUCCUUAAGGCUAACUCCCUACCUGGAUUUUGUCCUCUCCUGCUUGUACCAUUGGGGAUUUUUGUUGUUGGUUUGUUUUUGUUUUGUUUCAUUUAAAAAAAGAACAAAACAGGGGGUGUUAGGGUUUCUUUUUCUUUUUUUUCUUAUUUUUCGGAGCUGGGGACCGAACCCAGGGCCUUGCGUUUGCUAGGCAAGCACUCUGCCACUGAGCAAAUCCCCAACCCCUUAGUUAGGGUUUCUAUUGCUGUGACAAAACACCAUGACCAAUGCAACUUGGGGAGGAAAGGGUUUAUUUCGUCUUACAGUUCCACAUCACAGCCCAUCACUGAAGGAAGUCAGAGGAAUUCAGGUAAAAACUGAUGCUGUGGCCAUGGAGGGAGGCCUGCUUACUGGCUUGCUCAGGACCUCCAGCCCAGGGGUGGCGCUGCCCUUAGUGAGCUGGGCCCUCAUCAACUGUAACCCAAGAAAGUGCACCACACUCGUCCACAGUCCAGUCUAAUGGGAAUGUUUUUCUUUAUUAAGUUUCCUUCUUCCAAAAUGACUAUAGCUUGUAUCCAGUUGACAUAAAACUAGUCAGUACACGGUCUCAGCAUGCAGCCCUCACCAGGGCAGAACUUGCUACUUGGACCAGGAUGGCCUCAGACUCAGAGAUCUUUGCGUGUGUGCUUCUGACUCCUGAGUGCUGGGAUUAAAAAUGUGCUUCCCCCAUGGCCAAUGAUUUACACCUGCCCGUUCUUUUGGCUCUUUAACCAAAGUCAGUCAGUAUACCCUUUUCCCCAAACUGAGGUCCCAUUCGUCAGUUUUACUCUUCCAAGUUUUCACUCUCCAAAUUUCUUCAGAGAGUAACAUCUGUUGGCUGCUUCUUAACUCUACCACUAAUCAAUUUUGCUCCUACAAUACUGGCUAUUUAUUGUGUAUGCACUGUAUACCAAGCACUGAAAGGCACUUCACAGUAUAUGAAAUUAUCAUGGAUCUUGAAGAAUCUCCUGCAUCAAUGUGGUAUAAAGAAUGCUCCCCAAUUAUCUCUGAUUGGUUAAUAGAUAGCUGAACAGCCAGUGAUUGGGCAGAGGAGAUAGGAAGGCUUGACUACUGAUGGGGGUGGGGCGCAUGUCCAGGGAGGUCAGGAAUAAGGAGGAACUGCCAAGGGAGUUCUCCAUGAGGACAGCUACAGUAAAGCAAACCAAGGAAAGACUAAAUACAAGUAAGUUGGGGACCUGGGGGCGUGUGGCUGGGAAGUAGCUAAGAUAGCAUGGAGGGUUAGGCGUAGUAUCUGCUCAGUUAUUGUGCUUAAAGCCUGUUGA